GGGUAUUCCCAAAUGCGCAAUUAUUAUUUAGUUGAUUCGGAUUAACUGUCGACUCUUGGGCAAGUGCACAUCAAACUGGGAACAUCGAAGAAUUCCGAACACUCAGUCUCAAAAUGAUCAUCACGAAAGAUGUUACCGCUCUGCCAUUCCUUCUACUUCUCUUCGCUAUUUCCAUACACGCGACAGCAAUUUACUUCGAAGAAGAUAUAAGCGAUUGUUGCGAUGGGGAGACAUGCAUAGAGAUAGGAUUUUGUCCGAGCGCCAUCGAAAUUGUCAAUAAAAGGCAGAAGCCAAAACCGUGCGGUUUCAUCGGAAAGGUACCCUUCGUCUGUUGCCCAGACAAAGUUACAAAUAAUCCUAUCUACAUGGUACUUAACGUCGCUAAUGCAGCAUUACAAAGUAGAAUAAAUUCAUCUGCAUCAUCAACAACAACUUCAACAAUUACUACUACUACAACAAGUAGACCAAUAGAAGUAGCAUUGACUUUGAGCAAUGAUCCGAUAGUUGUAGAAACAACAUUUGCAAAUACUGAAACGACACCAAUUCUGAAUCUACCACCAUCAACGACCAUUAAAAGUGCUGAAUAUGUCGUGGGAUCCAAAGUUAAGCAACAAUGCGACAAGACAUUUGACAAAUACCCCGUUAAUAAAUAUGGAAACAUCGUUUAUACUUGGAGAGAAAAGCCUACUUUGAUCGAAAAUUCGCCACAUGCGGCAGCCUUAGGUAACCAGCAAGGCGAUAACAUCGAAUGGCUGUGCGCCGGAAGUUUGAUCAGCGAGAAAUUCGUAUUGACCGCAGCCCAUUGCAUUGAAAACAAUACAAUUAAUUACGUUCGUGUGGGCGAUUCUAACUUGACUAGUAACACAGAUAAACUCGAUCCCCAAAACUUUACGGUUGUCAACGCAAUUAUGCAUCCAAACUACACGAAACCACUUAGAUAUCACGACAUAGGCGUAUUGGAGCUGGACAAACCCAUCAUCGUUAACAAAUUCGCAAAACCGGCUUGCCUUCAUUUUAAUGAAGAAAUUACAGAAACCAACUUUAAAUUGGUGGGGUUUAACGACAAUAGUACGACUAAUUAUCUUUAUACCAUAAUAGUUGGCAAAGCAAACAAGAGAGUUUGCAAUUACCAUUUCAAUUUACCGAUGUACAAAGAAUUUUUACCGGACGGACCAGAUUCCGAAACGCAGAUUUGUGCUAGCGGUUAUUUCAAAUUAGGUCCUUGCCAGCGCGAUACCGGUGGCCCCAUGCAUGUUGAUAAAUGGGGUUACACGGAUGGAAAGUUACUGAUUGGAAUCACAUCCAUUGAGAAACUCUGUAAUGGCAAAAACGCUCCUGGACUUUACACGCGAAUUUCCAAUUACAUCCCGUGGAUCGAAUCCGUCGUAUGGCCAGAUAUCUAAACGUUUCGUUUAUCACCCCUUGAAAAUUAAGUAAUAACAUAAUAAAGUAUUUUAAAAAA